AUGGACUCCGAUUGCCUCUUCGACUCGUUGAUUGAGGACGCGAAGAAAGUGGAGAAGAACAAUCAUCACCCUGAACCGGCGACCGUUCUCUCGAGCGACGAGGAAGAAGAGACGGUGCCGGAAUCUCCCCCCAAGAAGAAACCGGCCCCGAAAAGGAAGCUCAUGAACGUGAACAAGGAGAAGAAAGAGGACAAGCCGAAGAAGAGGCCCGCCAAGGCUCUCAUGAGCGGAGACAGCGACGAAGACAGCAUAUUCGACAGCAAAAAGGACAAGAAGAAGACGAACCCGAAGAAGAAGCUGAAGAAGAAGGUGGAUAGCGAUUCGGAGGAGGAGGCUCCGGCCCGCGGCGCGGCCCGAGCGCGCAACGCCUACCGCUUCAGCGACGGCUCCGACAGCGAA